ACACCGUCAAAUCAGCGGGGCGUAUCGUUCUCUAUUCACACGUGCAUGUAGCGUUUAUCGUCACCAUAGAGACGAGGUUACACCGAGUCCACCCGCGUUGCGUGGACUCGCCGCCGACAGGAUCGUGUUACGGAUAUAUCAACACUUCCGAAACAUAUAUAUAUUCCAAUACAUAUAUUCGAGUCUAUAAUAUCAUGGUAGCGCAGAAUAUAUAAUCGUACGCACGCACGGUAAAAUACGAAAGGAGGGACUGAUAUUUUUAUAUGAAAUUAUUAGUAAUUGUGUGAGAAUUUCGGGUGGAUUUGGAGUAAUUCUGUUUCGAUUAUGGCUUCAGCUGCUGUUUUGCCGAACGGGGAUAGUGAGAAGACAUUGGGAGCGAAGAGGCCGGGUGUCGGACGGACGAGAAGUGCAUCGAGUGCCGACAGGAAAAGUAUCUAUACCCGCCCAACCCCCUUCAAGAACCGAACGGCCCUCGCAGAAAAUUACGAAACACCGCGGAGUGGUCGUGAAGGAUGGUGGAGGAAGGAGAUACGGGAAACGCCCAUGCCGGGUGCCUACGAGUUCAAACCAUUCCUUGAGGAUUUCGAGACACGCCCAGCUACCUACUGCUUCAAAGGGGAGGGGCGUAAGAAAGAUGCAGCCAAUCAGGGGAAAGGGGUGGUUCUGUUGCCGGGGGCGUACGAGGCAAAGGAUAACAUGUACUUCUUGGAUCGGACAAGGAAUACAUAUACCUUCAAAAACACAUCGAGAGCGAAAGAUCUACCUACCAUCAAAGAUAAGGACGUCAACGUGUGCCCAACCUCAUACAAAAUGGAGAAUGUUCUAUCGUGUGCUGUCGAGAAGUCACCUUCAAAACAUAUGGUUUUCAAGUCCAAUUCGCAGAGGUUUCCAACCAUCUAUUUCAAAGGGACGAAGAACCCGCCCCCAUGCCACUAUGAAUACCGUGAACCUCCAGCGCUGCAUCAGAUCUCAUCUAGCUUCAAGUCACGCACGCCAAGAUUUGCCACAUCACACACGAAAGUUCCUGGCCCGGGCUCGUAUGAGAAGACCUACCAAUCACCCAUGCCCGCUACCAUUGCCAAGAUGGGUCGCAACCAUGGACUCUUCUUCACAAGCGCUUUCAGUGUUUGAUCAACAUGGACACCAUCCAUCAAAAGACAGUUGAUCUCGACAUUGAGAGCGAAGAAAUUACGAACGAUAAAAAUAUUUCGUCGAUUUUGCAAUGUGAUGUCAUGAUCUGGAUAUUUAUCACGACUUUCGCAGUGUUAUCGUUCGUGUAUCGUGACAUGAAUGUAUAAAAAGAAGGGGACAGCGAAUAGGGCCUACUGUGGAAAUAUCAAAGAUUCAGACUGAAUGGAGUCUUUAUAAAACGAGCAAGGCGAUAUCAAUUUGCAGUACCUAAAUUCAUAAGUUUGGCUUGUGGAAAUAAAAGAUUCACAU